AUGGGGGCCGAGACGGUGACGACUCGGCCGAGACUUCGAACCAUAGUCCUAAUAGCUCAAACAGUGAUUGACUUCUCAGGCAACAGAUUCGAAGGACAAAUUCCAGAGAUUAUCGGAUUCCUUCAUUCUCUUCAAACACUCACACUCUCUCAUAAUAACUUCAGUGGUGGUAUUCCUAGGGCAUUAGGGAAUUUGAGUAUGCUUGAAUCUCUAGACCUCUCGUGGAACCAACUUGAAGGAACCAUUCCUAGGGAGCUAGUGAAUCUGGAUUUUCUUGGAUUCUUAAACCUUUCUGAAAAUCGUCUAGUUGGACCCAUUCCACGAGGAAGGCACUUUGAUACAUUUGGAGAUGAUUCAUACAGAGGGAAUUUGGACUUGUGUGGAUUUCCGCUGGCCAAAGAUUGUGGAGAUACAGAGGCACCACCACCACCAGCCACGCCAUGGGAAGCUGAACAACAAUAUGAUGAUUCUGAAUUCUUUGAUGGGUUCACCUGGAAAGCUGUUCUCCUGGGAUAUGGCUGUGGAUUAGUGCUCGGAUUAGUUAUGGGAGGUCUCAUUUUCUUGACUGGAAAACCAAGAUGGUUUGUACUGAUUGUCGAAGAGUCGUUCAAACCGCGAAGGCGACCGAGGAAAUGGAUCCACAUACGCACUUAACUGUUUUUCCCAGGUCUGAAAAGCUUGACUUCUAAUGCCCAGGUCUAUCCAUGGAGUGGAAAUAAGGAAAAUAUUUGGUUCUCGUGGUUUUCCUUGCGGCUGAAUCUGUAGGUUUAUAAUUGUAAGCAAGAAGACAUUUCAAUGGAUAAUUACUAUUAAUUGUAUUGAAGGUUGUCCGGUGCAAAUUAUGAGAAUGAUCCAUCGAAAG